AUGAAAAAUGAAUUAAGAGCAGUUUCAUACAAUAUUAGAUUUGAUAACCCAAGUGAUAAACAAAACUCUUGGGUUCAUAGAAAAAUGUUAGUUUUUUCAAAUAUUUCUUUUUUAAAAGCUGAUAUUAUUGGAUUUCAAGAAUGUUUAUUUCACCAAAUUAAAGAUAUCAAAGAAAAUUUAAAUAACAAUUAUGAAAUGAGUUAUGAUUUUAUUGGUGUUGGUAGAGAGUAUGUAACAAAAAUUGUAUUAAUAAUAUUAUUGAAAAAAAAAAAAAAAAAAAAUACAUAUAUUAAUUAUGACGGAAAUGAAAAAGGAGAAUUUUCACCAAUUUUUUAUAAUACAAAAAAGAUAGAAUUAGUUCAUUCACAUCAAUUUUGGGUUAGUGAAACACCAUAUAAAGUAGGAAGUAAAAGUUGGAAUACAGCAUGUACACGUAUAGUGACAUGGGGAUUAUUUAAACAAAAAAAGACCAAUAAAAGUUUUUACUUUUUAAAUACUCAUUUAGAUCAUCAAUCUGAAUUGGCAAGAAGUGAAGGUACAAUGUUAAUUAAAAGUUUCAUAGCAACAUUAAAACCUCAAAUACCAUUGAUACUAGUGGGUGAUUUCAAUUCCAACGAUUACCAAAAACCAAUUGAAAAUUUAAUUUCAUCAACUAUUGAUAUCAAUUUCGCAAUAAAGUAUAUUCAAUUAUUAGAGAUUCCAAUUCGUGAUGAUAUUGCAUUUCAAACAUUAUUCAAUACAAAAACAAUAGCAAAUUGUAAAAUUGGACCAGAUUCAACAUUCACUGGUUUCGAUUGUGCCUAUUCUGAAACUAUUGAUUAUAUCUUUAUAAAUCAACAAUUUAAAGCAAAAACAUUUGUAGUAUUUAAUAAUCAUCCAUCAAAAGUUACUAAAAAUUCAACAAUUGCAAGUGAUCAUUUUCCAAUUGUUGCUGAUUUAAAAUUUUUAUAA